CCCAGUGCCCUCUGCGCGGCGCCUACCCGGGGAAGAUGGAGGAGAUUUCGUUGGCCAACCUGGAUACUAACAAGCUGGUGGCCAUCGCCCAGGAGAUCUAUGUAGACCUGAUAGAGGAUUCCUGCCUGGGAUUCUGCUUUGAGGUGCACCGGGCGGUCAAGUGUGGCUACUUCUACCUGGAGUUCGCAGACACCGGGAGCGUGAAGGAUUUUGGCAUCCAGCCAGUGGAAGACAAAGGCGCCUGCAGCCUCCCACUCUGUUCUUUUCCCGGAGAACCUGAGAAUGGGCCCCAGCAGGAGCUGCAGCGUUCACCCCCAGAAUUCCAGUAGUCACCACGUGAGAGAGGGCGACAGUGACCAGGACAGUAGUGUAGACUGGUCCCCGUGGCUUGGAGGAGUAAGCUAAGUUGGAGAAGAAAAAAAAAGGAAAAAAAAGAUAAGAGUCCCAGUUACCCUCAAAGAUCUUAGCGUGAAUAAUAGACAAACAAACAAAAGCGCAAAGAAGAGAAUUUAACAAUUUGGAUCCAUUUGGAAGGAUACCCAGUGUCAGAUCUUACAUCCUGGGCAGGACAGUGUCCACAGGCAGCAUGCUGUAUUUUAAGCUCUAUAAAAUACACCCGGAUGUACAAGAUCCCUCCCUGUGCUGCCCUCCGUACACAGGUGAGCAGCUGUGUACCCAGCAUCUCAAAUUCUUUUGUUUCUCAGAUUUUGCAUCUGCUUGAUGUCAAGGGCUUCCGGCAAAGUUUGGAUGCUGUUGAU